AUGUCGCCCACGACAGACCUCUACAAACCCCUCAGCGACGACUUCAUUCUACCUUCGAACAGGGACGUUGGCGGCGAAAAGCACAGCGAUCCUGAUGCUUCCUGCACUUAUCUAUGCGGCAACUCGCUAGGGCCCUUAUCCAAAUCCUCAGAAAGGCUAGUCCACGAAGAGCUGGACGCGUGGCGCCAUCGUGCGGUCGAGGGUCAUUUUUCCCAUCCUUACAAUAGACCAUGGACAAAGAUUACCGAUCAUGUGCACCCUCUUCUUGCGGAAGUAGUAGGGGCGAAGGAGAAGGAGGUAGUAUGCAUGGGCACAUUGACCACCAAUCUACACCUCAUGAUGACUAGCUUCUACACCCCAACUCCAAACAGAUUCAAGAUUUUGUGCGAAGCCAAGGCCUUCCCUUCGGAUCAGUACGCAUUUGCCUCGCAAGUCCUUCUCCACGGAUAUGCCCCCGCGGAUGCUAUUAUCGAGGUGUCUCCUCGCGAAGGUGAAUUCCACCUCCGUGAAGAAGAUAUCCUAGAUAUCAUCGACCGGGAAGGGGACACCAUCGCGCUCGUCCUAUUCAGUGGCGUGCAGUAUUACACCGGUCAAUUGUUUCCGAUGGCCAGCAUAACGGAGAAGGCCAAAUCCAAGGGCUGCAUAUGUGGUUGGGAUCUCGCGCAUGGCGUUGGAAACGUGCCCUUAUCGCUCCAUGACUGGGACGUCGACUUCGCCGUCUGGUGUACCUACAAGUACCUCAACUCUGGUCCAGGUGGCAUCGCUGGCCUGUUCAUCCACGAGAAGUGGAACGACGAAAAGAAACCCAUGCAGGCCGGGUGGUGGGGUCACGAGCUCAGCACUCGCUUCGCAAUGCCACCGACGUUCCAGCCGAUCCCUGGUGCCCAAGGUUUCCAGCAAUCCAACCCUUCGGCCCUGACGAUAGCUUCCCUCCUUGGGUCCCUGCAGAUAUACAAGUCCGUAGGGAUGAUGCAGCCCGUGAGGGAACGGUCGCUCAAGUUGACGGGUGCACUGGAGUCCUUCCUGAAGAAAUCCAGGUAUUUCGUGCCACUUGAACAGGCCAUCAAGCACGAUAGCCAGGGACGUCUGGGGUUCACGAUCAUCACGCCCAGCGAUCCGAAUAUGAGGGGCUCUCAGCUCUCGCUACUAUUCCUGCCCCAAGGAUCGGAAGUGAUGCGUAACGUGUUCAAGUCGUUGAACAGUUACGGGGUGAUUGGGGAUAAAAGAGAGCCGGAUGUCAUCAGAUUGACGCCCGCGCCAUUGUACGGUUCCUUGAAGGACUGCGAAGAGGGCGCUGCAUGGUUGGAGAAGGCGUUCGAGGAACAAGAGGCAUGA